GUCACUAUCACAAACCGACUCUCACUCUCUCUCUCUCUCUCACACACACACACACACACUCACUCACGCAGCGCGUGAAAUCUCAGCAGCCAGCAGCACUGCUCACGGUACAAUAUGAGUUUGUAUGAUUGUAUCUGCGUGUGUUUGUCAGGCUGCACUGAACGCGUAUGGUACCGGGGGCCGUUAUGAGUGGGAAGAGCCUCUUGCUGAAGGUCAUUCUCCUGGGGGAUGGCGGCGUAGGCAAAAGCUCCCUCAUGAACCGCUACGUGACCGACCGCUUCGACUCGCAGUCUUUCCAUACCAUCGGCGUGGAGUUCCUCAACCGCGACCUCGAGAUCGACGGCCGGCUGGUCACCCUGCAGAUCUGGGACACGGCAGGCCAGGAGCGCUUCAAGAGCCUGCGCACGCCCUUCUACCGUGGCGCCGACUGCUGCCUGCUCACGUUUGCCGUGGACGACCUGCAGAGCUUCCAGAACCUGGGCUGCUGGAAGAAGGAGUUCAUGUAUUACUCAGACGUACGAGACCCGGAGCGUUUCCCUUUCGUGGUCCUGGGAAAUAAGGUGGACAAGGAAGAGCGUGAGGUCGGGGAGGAUGAGGCCAGGGCUUGGUGUGAGGAAAACGGCUGCUGUCCGUACUUCGAGACCAGUGCCAAGGAUGACAUGAACGUGGGGGCUGCUUUCGAGGCUGCCGUUCGGGCAGUUCUAGCCAGCGAGGACCCCAUUGACCACGCCCUGCUGAGCAGCUCCAUUGAUCUUCAUGGAAACCGUAAAGUGGCUCGCUCGUCCUGCUGUUGAGGUGCCUCCGAAUCGCUCUUGGCCUUGUGGCUUCAUAGCUGUGUGGACUUACACUCUUCUGCUGAUAUGCCUGAGAGCUCUCUGUGUAGGUACAGGCACCAGACGUGUCUCAUGAGCUACACGUCUAACAGAGUUACGUAAUAUUAAAGGUAUUUUAUACACAUUAAUCUCUACACAUUCUGGCACAAAUAACAUAUUCCAUGAGGAUUUCCUAGUCGAAGGCUUGUCGGCUUGUGACGUGGUGCUUUUUUAAGUGUUUUAUGAUAGCUUCAUGUCCUGGACCGUAGAUCUAGCCGCUCUUCAACAUUCUGCCGUUUUAAAUGGACCAUCUUACUAUGUUGUGGUACUCGUUUUGUCUGAUAUUUUUAAAUACAUAACCCCAGAGAGUGGCACAUUGCUGACCACUGCUGUCAGUGAUAUAAAAUUGCUUGAGAGAAAGGGCAUUAUGUGGUAUCGAAAGAAAUAAUGCAUUUUUAAUUUAUUUUGCUCAUAAGUUAUUUUUUGGGUGAAGUCUGACGAGAAUAGGUUUGGAUCAUAUUUCACCACAAAUUCAAAAGAAAAAAACAUUAAAACAUUUAAAAAAAACCAACAAACAAGAUUUAUAUAAACUGUAAAUUAUCAAACUGUAAAUAAUCAUUGUAGCGUUUGUUGUAUUGGCUUCGAUUUAUGCUGGUUUCAGUAAUUAUUUAAGGGUUAGUUCACCCAAAAAUGAAAUUUCUGUCAUUAAGCACUCACCCUCAUGUUGUCCCGAAGACGUCCGAAGACAAAUUAAGAUAUUUUUGAAGAAAUCCUCAGGUUUCUGAACCACACAUAGGCAGCUAUUUUAACUAUGUCUUUACUACCGUUGUGUGGUUCAGAAACCCUCGGAUUUCAUCAAAAAUAUCUUAAUUUGUGUUCCAAAGAUGAAUGAAGGUCUUAUGGGUUUGGGACGACAUUAGGGUGGGUACUUAAAUGACAGAAAUUUCAUUUUUGGGUGAACUAACCCUUUAAAAAUAAGUGUCCAGACAAGAUGAAGCAAUUAUAGUAAGAAACCUUAGUGUUCUUCAUGCAAAGUUGAUUUUGGGAUGAAAUAUGACCAUUUCUUCAUUAGAUUCACCCUUUUAUGGUACAGGUGGUAAAACACAUAGCCUCAGAUUAGCAUAUUGCUAACAAAUUGUCUGAGAUGCAUCAGCACAGCAUUAUUUUUUAGACAGAAAGGGAAUUUCUUCUAAUAUCAAAAGAUUAAAAUAAUUGUUUUCUUUUUAUCUAAAUUAUUCUUUUAUUUGUAUUGUAAGGUACAGAGAAUUUGUGUUGCAUUAUUAAUUAUCUUGGUUUUUUUUAAUGAUUUUGUUUGUUGUCAGCUCGUGUUGUGUAUAUGAGCAAUUUUACAUAUGUCUAAUUGCAUGUUGAAUCUUGGAGGCUGUGCUGUAGAGAGAAAGUCUCUUUCACGAGGAGUGUGUGUGUUAGAGGGUAAAGCCCAAAGUAUACUUCAUUUUUUACGCAUACAUGAGGGUUCGCAUACAGUGCACGUGGCGCAAAUUUCGCGUACACACGCUGCCCGAUUUGCACUAAUCGGUUGUUCCACAAGGUGGCAACACUGGCCCAGGCUGUUGUUUCACAGUAGAAAACCAAACUAAAGAGACGGAACAACAACAAAAUACCAGAGACUACAACAACAGACACCCACACUGACAAGCAAUUGUGUGAGGGGAUUAAGAGCUAGCCGCAACUUAACAAUACAAAGACAUUUUUAUCAGUUAUAACUUCUGAAGAAAAAUAGUGCAGACACUGGACAAAGAUGAAACUUUGUAGAGCGCAUGUGGUGACCGCCUGCAUUUACACACACUAUCAAAUGAAGUGUACUUUGAAAGGCUGCGCUUUCGACUGUAUUCUUAAGCGUACGUGUAAAAAAUGAAGUAUACUUUGGGGUUUAGCAGCACAUCUGUCUCACUGAAUGACUCUCAGGAAUGUCGCUUAGACCAGUGAUUCUCAAACCUGUCCUGGGGACCCCUCACCAUUGCACAUUUUGCAUGUCUUCCUCAUCGGACACGCCCAAUUCAAGUCUCUACUAAUGAGCUGAUGAGUUGAAUCAGGUGUGUUAAAUGAGGGAGACAUACAAAAUGUGCAGUGGUGGGGGGUCCCCUGGAAAGGUUUGAGAAACACUGGCUUAGACACCUGUCUACAUUUGAUGUUGGAGCUUAUAUAGCAAACUUGAAGAGGCGUAUAGCUGAUUAAUUAAUUCACAUCCAUUGUUUCCUCAGUUUCAGUUCAGUGUUGAUAUGAAACCAAAGCACAUGGUACCCAGUAUCUUGCACUGACCUUUGACCCUUCUCAGAGGGCUCUUGUGAAUGACCCUUGAUUUAGUGCAUUUAUAGGUACUUAUUUCACUUCUAUCUUUUAUAAUAUUGACUUAUUUGCCUAGUGCUUUUCCCCCAAUAUGAAUGUUUUCUACACCUAUACUGCUACAACUCUCAUUAUAACUAGAGAGACCCAAAUCUGUGGAUUUGGCUGCUGAUGUUCUCAUAUGUUUCUAUCACUUGCAUUAACAUGUAGCCUUUUUUCAGUUUACAGACCUUUGCUUGCCUGCUCUCAUACAUUUGUUAUACAUGUAAAACACAAGAAAUUGUUUGUUGUUUCUUUGUUUUUGUUGACGGACGUGCUCACACAUCUGCUGCAUACAUGUAUGGUUUCUAUGUUUUUUGGUACACUGUGAAAUGGAAAUAGAUACAACACUGUGUUUCUUGUACACAAACUGCUGAACAUGCAGGAACAUAAUUAUUCCUAAUAUUGGAUAGUUUUCCAGCAAAUCAAGGUACCAAACGUCUGGGUUUACAGUGAAGAAAUGUUACGUCGUAAUCAGACCUCUAUUACAUGAUGGAAAGUUUCUCCAUGCUUUUAAUCACUGAAUGCAGAAGUGCAACUGUUUGGACAUGUUGUCAGUGUUUCAGUGUUACAAAAGUCUUGAUUAGUCUGUCAAAAUGUCAACUUGAUAAGUAAACUAAAGCAUUGCAAUAAGCAGGUGAAUCUCACAAAGAAAUGUGCAGGUCAUUUUUCACCCCAAGAGCAAAAGAAAGAAAUGAUAGUUUGUGUAAAGUAGAUGAAGCCUAUUUAAAAGACUAUUAUGAAUACUGAUUUUAUGACAAUUAAGCACAUUUCCCCCUCAAAAUUCUCAUUUGCUUUACCUCUUGUGCAGUAAUGAAAAUCUAGACAAUGUAUGUAUAAAAAUUUUUAUACAAUCAGCAAAAGAUAUGUAUAUAUGUAUGUGUGUGUGUGCAUGUAUUUAUAUAUAACACACACACACACACACACACACGUUACAUAUAUGGGUAUAACGGUACACAACUGAAGGUUCUGUACAUACCUUGGUUUUUAAGUCACGGUUUGGUACGUGUUCGGUACAGCAGGGGGGAGAAAACUAAACAUAAAAUUGUGUCUUUCUUACUUGCACAUUACUAUAAUAUUAAAGGUUAACAACAGAGCCUAAUAUAGUGCAAAUAUUUAGCGAAAGAGUUCACUUCCCUAGUGAACUAACAAGCUGUGGGCAAUGAAUGACUUGCCUGAGGUAAAUGUAAUGCUAUGUGACAUUGUUUACACGCUAUUUUAUUGAUUCCGCCGUUGAAACACUGAGCGAUUACACGAGAUACGUUUAAGUUGUACUGUAUCUUUCAACAUACCUUCAGAUGCUGAUUCAUGUUUAUUCUGUAACGAGUAUUAAAGAGGAAGAAAUGAUCAUGUUCACUCGCGCUCUGCGCUGCUGCUUGAACUGAGGUGCCUAUACAGUGAUCUGUCACGCCACAUUAAAGAGCGUCAAAACUGCAUUUUUAGUUUGAAUUUUGUGAUAAAAUGGACAGAAUUUGAAAGAGGACACUUUGUUUGAUAUUGAAAGUAACAAAAUGCAGAGUUGGUGGUUAGGCUACAACUCUGUACAUCAGACAUGUACCGAAAGUUCACGGGACAAAUAUGUGUACCGUUACACCCCUAAUUACUAUUUAGUCAUGUCAAGGAAGAAAAAUGAGUUUUGUGACAUAAGGUAAAGUGAAGUCAACCUCAACAAUGUGCCGGGUUUAUCACGUUUUUUUGGUUCGGUUUAAAUAUUGUUACACCCUUAACAUACAUGCAUACUUAUAUACAUUUUUUUCUUUUCAUUUGGUAGUGAAAUUUAUGCUGGAUGUUUUUUGUGAGAUUCACCCCUGCUGUUUCCGCUUGAGCCGGUGAUGUAGCGUUCCUGCCACAGUAUUUAUCAUGUUACAGUUCACAGGAGUAUUGUGUUGCAUUAAUAAUACUGUAUUUUUCUGUUCAUCUGUCAUUGUCACUAGUCACAACCACAGUGAAUUGUGGGGGAUGAAGUGUGGUGAAUUAAGGGCAUUACUGCAAUGAAUGUACUGACUGUCACUUUUUACCGAUUGAUUUGUAUAAGGUUGGUACCCCAGUGUUCAGUCAAUACUGUUAUUUACUGACAUGCAAACAGGCGUCUUUAAAUGGACUAAAUGUGUGUUUCGAAAGCAGGGAUUGUUAUAAUCCCUAAAAAUGGCUGGGUCACAAAUGUCUACCCUGCUGUUUCACAUCAUCUCCAAUGCAAUAAGGAGGUCAAGACUGCUUUAGUUUGCAAGAAUCCAAUGCGACGAAUAAACAAACUGCAACAGCAA